CAUGCCUCAGACUCCUCCCUUUUCAGCAAUGUUUGACAGUAGUGGUUACAACCGAAACCUCUAUCAGUCUGCAGAGGACAGCUGUGGAGGGUUGUAUUACCAUGACAACAACCUCCUCUCCGGAUCUCUGGAAGCACUCAUCCAGCACUUAGUACCUAAUGUGGAUUACUAUCCAGAUAGAACGUACAUAUUUACCUUCCUACUCAGCUCUCGGUUAUUUAUGCAUCCAUAUGAACUAAUGGCCAAAGUUUGCCACUUAUGUGUUGAGCACCAGAGACUAAGUGAUCCUGAUGGUGAUAAGAACCAGAUAAGAAAAAUUGCACCUAAAAUCCUUCAACUCCUGACAGAAUGGACGGAAACAUUUCCUUAUGAUUUUCGGGAUGAAAGAAUGAUGAGAAACUUAAAAGAUCUGGCUCACCAUAUAGCCAGUGGCGAGGAGCAGACAUACCGGAAGAACGUCCAGCAGAUGAUGCAGUGUCUGAUCCGCAAGCUUGCUGCUCUCAGCCAGUAUGAGGAAGUCCUGGCAAAAAUCAGCUCCUCAUCCACAGAUCGGCUCACAGUUCUCAAGACCAAGCCACAGUCCAUACAAAGGGAUAUCAUUACCGUCUGCAGUGACCCCUACACAUUGGCCCAGCAGCUGACUCACAUCGAGCUGGAAAGGCUUAAUUAUAUUGGGCCAGAGGAAUUUGUUCAGGCAUUUGUGCAGAAGGACCCUUUGGACAAUGACAAGAGUUGCUACAGUGAACGGAAAAAAACACGAAACUUAGAAGCUUAUGUGGAAUGGUUUAAUCGCCUCAGCUACUUGGUUGCUACAGAAAUCUGCAUGCCUGUAAAGAAGAAACACCGAGCAAGAAUGAUUGAGUAUUUCAUUGAUGUAGCUCGGGAGUGUUUUAACAUUGGCAACUUUAAUUCCUUGAUGGCGAUAAUCUCUGGCAUGAAUAUGAGCCCAGUCUCUCGACUAAAAAAAACUUGGGCCAAAGUGAAGACUGCGAAGUUUGACAUUCUUGAGCAUCAGAUGGACCCUUCCAGCAAUUUCUAUAAUUAUCGAACAGCUCUUCGUGGGGCAGCACAAAGGUCUUUAACUGCUCACAGUAGCAGAGAGAAGAUUGUGAUACCAUUCUUCAGUCUCUUAAUCAAAGAUAUUUAUUUCCUCAAUGAGGGCUGUGCCAAUCGCCUUCCAAACGGCCACGUCAAUUUUGAGAAAUUUUGGGAACUGGCCAAACAAGUGAGUGAAUUUAUGACAUGGAAACAAGUGGAGUGUCCAUUUGAGAGGGACCGGAAGAUACUGCAGUAUCUGCUCACAGUGCCAGUGUUCAGUGAAGAUGCUCUCUACUUGGCUUCUUAUGAGAGUGAAGGACCUGAAAAUCAUGUAGAGAAAGACAGAUGGAAGUCUUUAAGGUCCAGCCUCCUCGGCAGAGUUUAACACAUGGGAGCUGAUUGCUGCCACUGCUGCUGCUUCCGCCACCGCCACCGCACCUCAUGCACAUCAUUGAGGGGCUGGCCUUUGUUUUCUGGCAUCUCAUACUAGGAAAAAUCAUGAAGACCCCGCAGUCAUCGGAGUGCUCUGGUCCACAAAGCAAGCAAGUUCACUCAAGAGCAGAUGGGGAACUUAUUUCCUACAGUGACAGAUUGACUCAGAUUUUGUGAGACUGAAAUGCUCGCUGAAGACACUUGAGAAAGAAUCCUCUGAAGAUCCCGGCUCUGCACAUGACUCAUCUCUUGGAAUUUCCAUGUGAAUCACAGCUCUGCACCUGGACAGAGUUUUCUUUUGUGUGUGUGUUUUUUUAUUUGGUUGAACAUUUGCUGCUAAUGGGACUUGCCCAGCUGAGUGCUGGCUCUUAGGAAGCCCAUGUUUCUUUGUUAACUUAAAUGAAAAAGGGAGAGGAGGGAGGGGGCCUCAAAACCCCCCAUUUAGACCCCACACCUCAGCUCAAUCAGUAUUGCCCGAAGUGGAGGAGACUGGUUGGAUGCUGACUGCGGACUUUGUUUCCCUCUAGUGUGUGCUGUGUUGUAAAUUCCUCUCCUCCCUCUUCCUACAAGGUUUUGAGUUGGCUGCUGGUUAGCAAACUCCUUUUUACCCUUAUGUAAGUUAUUUAAUAUAAUAAUGAAGCUCAACACUGUGGUAGGAAAAUAGCCACUGGGGGGAAAAAAGGCAGAGUUUGUCACUGGCCUGCUGGACAUGUUAGAAGGACUUGUUUCUUUGCCCUUCUGAGCUGUUUACAACUGACCACUGCAUUCUACAGAUGUAUUUUUCAGUAGUUUUUUGUUACUUAGUUUUCCAGGAUGCCUAUUAUGUUUCUCUCUUGUAAAUUUAAAUGAUCUGACCUUAAAGGUCUUGGGAAAACCAGAGCAUAAUUACAAUUUAAUUUUUUUAACCAACUGUUAUUUUUCAUUACUUUGUGGCAUCUGUUGGUGACUAAAUGUAAACAAAGAGUAAAUUGGAAAAGUUACCACCUACCCCCCACUGUAGCAGUGAACAAAACAAAUGAGAAACACCUUGCUGUUAACUCAAUGUUCGAUCUAAUUGUGAAAUAGUUCACCUUGUUAAACAUCUAAAUAAGUCUGUAGUUGCUCUGCAAACAGCCAUUAUAUUUAUUUACUCUAGGAGAAAUUGUAGAGUAGUAAUCCGUGCUAAUGAAAAAAACAGAACACCACGUUCAAAACAGAGAUGUAUUUGAAAACUUAAUGACAUAGUUUCAAAAAACAGAGCAUGUCUGUAUGCUGCGCGUCAUCUCAGCAGACCUAAAAUGUCUCCAAGUUGUCCCUUUACAACCAUCAAUAUAUUUUACACUCUGCAGCUAGGAGUUGUGGCGUCUUUCUUAUAUGGAUGGAUGGAAUUGUUGGGUAGGCGGGCUGUGAUUCAGUUCAAGUGAUUGUGCCUAAAAGUGUGGCUGUCCUUGAGGAAGUUGCCUUCAGGAAUACUCGUAUGUGCAUGGGCAUUUAUUUUCUCAAAAUGGGUAAUAGUAAGCAUUUAAUAAAUACUAUUUGCUAGGCA